AUGUACAAACAGGUCAGCGACGACUUGUAUGUUCGAGAUCUCCCAUGGGUGAACGUCUACUUCUCGCUGCGACAUUUGUCGCUCGACGAAACAGUGGAGUUACCAGUAAAAUGGCAAUUCCGGGGCUACGAGUGCAGCUCUGACAACGAUGGAGAUCAUCGCGUUUGUUACGAGUUUACCACAGCAACACUUGAAAGCGAUCGUAACCAGGUGCACUCUCCUCGCAGCCACAUACCGCAUAUCAUUGCCCGCCAGAGUCCUCUGACUGAAGAAGAGCGUCGACUGCAAUUCGAAGACCCUGAAUCUGUUGAUCCGCCGAGUUUCAGCGGCCAGCGGGCGUACUAUGAUUGUGCUUAUUUCAACGGCGGGAGCAACUGGUGUUGUGCACAGUCAAACCAAGGAUCGGGAGGACCGUACUGCUGGAGUAUGUCGGAGUGCACGGAGGAGUGGUCGGGCUGGAACCAACAGAAUAUAAUUUGCUGUACUGAGAGCGCGGGUGAUUGCGAACUCACCACCUUCCACGACGUCGCCACCAGCUACUGA